AUGCGCCUUAUGGACAGGGCGCUAAUUGUUGCUGGGCCACCGUGUUCACUGAACAUUUGGCUGUCGUCCUCCGUGCGCAAAAGAAGCUUUCAAAAUCCCAGCGGCGAUCAAGAGAACCAGAAGGUCCGCCUCUCCAACUUGAUCGCUUCCAACAUGGCCUGCCUGCUCACGAUCCUGCGGACUAGUGGGAAGCAAUUUUAUUUCGUGAUCGAGCAACCUAGCUCUUCUUGGUUGUGGCAGCUGAACUUCAUGAUUACUUUGCUGACCGCCGUGGGUGCAUCUACAGUUACCACGUGGCAAGCCUUCUUUGGACACGACAUGCUGAAACCAACCCAGCUUCGAGGGACCUUACCAAAUCUGGUGAAGAUGCGCCGAGUUAUGACCAAGGAGGCUCGAGCUAAAUACACAGCCCGCUUUGCCGAGUGCUCAGAUUUCUCAUGCAGGAUGGACAUGAUGGACAGAGAGUCAGAAUGA